CUUGUUCUGUAACUUCCUCUGGAAAAACAGCCUUCCAGUAUUGUAGUACUGUCACGACUUGAACUCUUUUUGUCAUGUGCGGUGUCAUCUGUCAUUAGAAGUAUCUUCCGCUUUGUUUUUGUCACGUGAUGCCUACACCACUGCCGAGGCGGAAACUCAAUGCUAUGUUUGCUUUUUUGGAACAGCUUUUCCAGCGGCUUUCUUGAAGUUGUGUAUGUACUCUUGUAUUUAAAAGUUACCAGUAGUAAUAUGAAGAAAAAAAUCAUAACGCAUCAGACGUAUCUAAUUUUCAUUUAAUUACGCCCGCUGCUCAAACAUAACCAUUUUUGUUUCGUCUGCUAUGGAACUCAAUUCAGCCAUUUCUGUCGGCACUGAUAUUUUUGACGCCAUCCAGAGAGGAAAUUUGGAGCAUUGUGUGACUUUAAUUCAGCAAGACCAGUCACUCCUGGUGCGUAAAGGCUGGAGUGGAUUUACACCCCUUCAUUACGCUGCAUUCCAGGGGAACAGGGGGCUGGCAGAACUGCUUCUGCAGCAUGGAGCUGACCCUAAUCUGCCAAAUGAUGCAGGCCAAACACCAUUUCACUUUGCUUGCAGACAUGGUGAUGUUCAUGUUAUCCACCGAAUGCUGAAAUAUGAAGCAGAUGUGAACCUAACCGACCAUCAGUGGAAGACAGCACUUCAUCAUGCAGUGAUAGGUGGAAAUCUAUUUGCCAUAAGAUACCUUGAGGAAUUGGGGAGUUUCAAUUUUUGCGAUACAGACAAGUGUUUACUCACACCCCUGCAUCUUGCCGCUUCAACUGGAAACACUUAUGUUGUGAGAUAUUUAUUGAGAAACAGUAGGUGUCAAGCUGAUGCUCCUGAUAAUCAAGGAAUGACUCCCAUGCACAUAGCUGCUGAAAAAGGUGCAAUAGAAAUAAGCUGGCUGCUUUUGCAAGCUGUUGGAUUCCGGAAUCUGCAUUUAAAAGCUAAGAAUGGACUUACUCCACUCGACAUUGCCAAGCAAGGAAUAACAUACAGACACCAAGAACUUACAAAGGUUUUAAAUAAAUAUAGCAAAGAGCCACAUGAUCAGAAACCCAAGGAGUCAUAUGGCAUGUACUAUUGGACUCUGCUAUUCCCUGGUGUCAGUGCCUCAGUUGUGUUCCUUAUUUCGUUUGCUUUGGGCAAGUAUGGUGGAAUCUUUUGUGCACUGGUUUUCCCUUGGUUGGCAAGGACAACAUUCUCUCAGUACCAUAGGAUGAAUGACAUUCAGAGGUCUAAGAGCAUGGUGAUGGGGGAGAUAUCCAGGAGCUCCAACCGGCCUGCUUCCCCAGGUUUGCAGGAGCGCGCUGUGAAAACAGGGUGGCUGAAGAAACAGAGAAGUAUCAUGAAAAACUGGCAGCUGCGAUGGUUUGUGCUCAGGACAGAUCAGCUCUACUUCUACAAAGACGAGGAAGAAACUAAACCACAGGGCUGUAUUCCACUUCAGGGAUGUCAAGUGAAUGAACUGCCAGCCAAUCCAGAGGAGCCAGGCAAACAUCUCUUUGAAAUUGUUCCAGGUGGUGCAGGGGAGCGGGACAGAGCAGCCAUCAAUCAUGAAGCCUUUCUCCUCAUGGCCAACUCCCAGAAUGACAUGGAAGAUUGGGUGAAAGCAAUCCGACGUGUCAUCUGGGCCCCAUUUGGAGGAGGAAUAUUUGGCCAACGAUUAGAAGACACUGUACAGUAUGAAAAGAAGUUCGGACACCGACUGGCUCCGUUGAUGGUAGAACAGUGCGUAGAUUUCAUUCGAGAGAGAGGCUUGGAUGAAGAGGGAUUAUUCCGAAUGCCCGGCCAGACAAAUUUAGUAAAAGAAUUGCAGGAUGCCUUUGAUUGUGGAGACAAGCCUCUUUUUGACAGUAACACUGACGUCCACACAGUCGCGUCCCUACUAAAGUUAUAUCUUCGAGAGCUGCCAGAGCCUGUUAUUCCCUUUGCCAAGUAUGAAGACUUUCUCUCCUGUGCACAGCUGUUAGCCAAGGAUGAGGUGGAGGGUAUUCAGGAGCUGGUAAACCAAGUGAAAGGUCUUCCUCAGGCCAAUUACAACCUUCUGAAAUAUAUCUGCAAAUUCCUUGACGAAGUCCAGUCCCACUCAAAUGAAAAUAAAAUGAGUGUGCAGAACCUUGCCACAGUUUUUGGGCCAAAUAUUCUACGACCUAAAUUUGAAGACCCAGUGACUAUAAUGGAAGGAACCUCACUUGUGCAGCAUCUUAUGACAGUGCUUAUCAGCAAACAUGAACAACUUCUCAUCAGUACAGAAACAGAAGCCACUGUCACCCAGCAAGAAGGGAGACCCCUGUUUCAAUGCAACACGGUUGAGUGGAUCUCUGAAGAAUACCUACAGGAAAGCCACUCAAAGAACAAAAGCGUGAAUCAACCUGAUGAUCUCUGCAGCAGUGCCACUUCACUCGACGUUAACAUCAGCACCCCCAUGAUGGUCUCCAAAGUUGCAUCUCAGGGAAAGGGAGAUAUACAAAGCCAAGCGGCAACCAGUCCCAGUAAACAGAUGAAGUCCCUUCCAACCUGGAAAUAUUCCUUUAAAAGUUCAGGGGGGAGAUCCAGCAAUGUUAAAUUAGGUGGCUCCUCAGUGGAUAUUCCAAAUUUGUCAUCUAGUGGAAACUGGCUGAUUAAUGGACUUUCAUCCCUCCGUGGCCAUAGAAGGACUUCAUCGGGAGACCGGGUUAAAGACUCUCCCCAAAGACUGUCAACAUACGACAACGUUACUGCAUCUAGUCUGAGUGUACCGAGUGUAGCCAGCACAACGUGGUCCACUUCCUCUUGUGAGAUUUCUGUUCCAGACUCUGUCAGUAGCUGCCCUGCCUACAAUGCGAGUGACUCUUCAGGGCAGAUCUCUGGCAAAGUGGAAUGGUCUACACAAGCCUCUCAAGGGCAGAGUGACAUCAAAACCUCUGAGUUGGAGAACAGUAGCGAGGGGUUGGAAGUUUACAUUAGCAGCAUGAACUGCAGUGAACACAGUAACGUGGUGACUGCAUCAAAUGACUCUGCCAGCUGUUCAAAAGCACUGACCAGCCUGGUUACAGAGCUCAGAGAGGAGCUAGGGAAACAAAAAGAGGAAUACGAGACCAGGAUAAGAGGGCUUGAAGAGUCAAGUGCAGAGCUGCACGUGCAAGUCAAUAGACUUGAGGAGGAACUGGACCAAGAAAAAAAGAAAUAUGCAAUGCUUGAAAUAAAACUUCGAAACUCAGACCGGGCUCGAGAGGAUGCAGAGAAAAGAAACCAACUCUUGCAAAAAGAAAUGGAGGAGUUUUUUGCUACACUCGGUGAUCUAACUCUUGGAACCAGGACAACAAACAUCUAAAAUCUCAGAAUCCUUGUUACUGAUGAAAUAGAAUUUAUUUCCAUUGUGAACUUUGUAUUUAUAGCAUUCUGUACUCAUGUAUCAUGAGUAUUCUGAAGUAAUUCCAUGCUGUCAAUGACUGUUUUAUUGCAGUAACUUAACUUUUGGUUUACCUAUGCUUUAACUAUGCUUUAA